UUGCAAAGUUGGUUUUUUUACUCGUCGACAUUUGUAUCGAAGAAUGAUUGAUAAUCUCUUCUUUUCUGUUUGCGUAGAAAUCGAAAGCUGAUGCAGACGGAUCAGGUUACACAAACUUUUUAUAAGCAAGCUACUUCUUCUUUACAACUUGAAGCAAGUGAUAUUAGCAAGCUUGUACGAAUUGGGGUGAUUGGUUGUGGUAGAAUUGGUCAGCUGCAUAUUGAUAAUAUCAAUAGUCGCAUAGCCAACGCACAAGUGGUUUGCGUCUCUGAUUUUAUUCCCAACGCUGCCAUACAGGUUGCAAAGAAGUUUCACAUUCCUAUGGCCUGCACAAAACACGAGGAUUUAUUAGAUCACGCCAAAGUGGAUGCAGUCAUCGUUUGUUCCCCCACCGAUACUCACGCUCAGAUUAUCAAGGACGCUGCUAAGAGGGGCAUCCACGUCUUUUGUGAAAAACCAAUCGACACUCAAUUGGCAGUCAUCCGGGAUGCUAUACAAACCACCAAACAAUAUGGAAUCAAGUUCAUGGUUGGUUUUCAGCGGAGGUUCGAUCGAAACUUUCAAAGAGUACUUGAAGCCAGAAAAUCUGGUUCUUUAGGGGAUCCGCUCAAACUGACUUUGAUAAGUAGAGACCCUGCACCUCCACCUAUGGAGUAUUUGAAGCAAUCCGGUGGUAUAUUUUUGGAUCAAGCCAUUCACGAUUUUGAUAUGGCAAGGUUCCUUAUGGGAGAAGAUAUUGUGGAAAUUUAUGCUACAGGUUUUGCGAGGGAUCCUAAAGUUGCAGAAAUUGGAGAUAUUGACAAUGCUACUUGUCAUGUCAAGUUCCAAAGUGGUGCCAUCGGUAUUAUUGAUAAUGCUAGAGAAACUCAUUAUGGCUAUGAUCAACGUGCGGAGUUGUUUGGUAGCAAAGGAACUAUAUCCAUCGAUAAUGACUUUCCCAAUACUGCACAUACUCUUAGUCCCAAUGGUUUGACUAGCGAUCUUCCUUUGCACUUCUUCAUGGAACGCUAUUCGAAUGCGUAUUUGGAAGAAAUGCAAGCAUUCAUUCGAUGUCUUCAAGAGAAUAAACCUGUUCCUGUUGGUGGAGAAGAAGGUCUCAUUCCGGUGGUGUAUUCAGAAGCUGCUAAAAAGAGCUUUCAGGAGAACCGACCAGUUCUUGUGAAAGAAAUCGAUCCAUCUCUUCCAUGAAAGGAGUUUUCCAGAAAGUCUUCUUUUUCGUGUUGUUGUGGUGAAUAUUUUAUAAAAGUUGCUUUUUUGCA